UUUCUGCAAAGGAUUAAUUUUAAAAGGAAAAAAAAUAGCAAAGGGGAUAACACAAAACCCUAUCGUCUUCCAAGUCCACCACACACAAGCUCCGAUAAUGGCGGUUUCUUCUGGAAUCUUCUCCACCUUUCUCUGCGUCGAAACGUCUCCGUUUCGCAGCUCAUUGUCUCCUCGUUCGUCGUUCCGUCUUUCCCCUCCUGCUAACAUGCGCGCGGUGCGCGCGGUGACAUCCGCAACGGCGUCGCCGGAGCCCGCCGCCACGAAGAAGCGGGAGCCACGUGGCAUCAUGAAGCCCCGACCUGUCACUCCGGAGAUGCAGGAAGUCGUCGGCGUGUCGGAAAUCCCUCGUACCCAGGCUCUCAAGCGCAUUUGGGCCUACAUCAAGGAGAACAACCUUCAGGACCCUGCAAACAUGAGGGACAUAAUUUGCGACGAGAAGCUGAAGAAGAUAUUCGGUGGCAAAGACCGCGUUGGGUUCCUCGAGGUCGCCAAGCUCAUCGGCCCUCACUUCCUCUGAUGAAUUCAGGAUUCAUCCGAGGUAAUAAGGAAGACGACGACAUCCUUCAGGGCCGUGAAAGAACCGGGGGUUCGAGAAAUGAGAAGAGGCUGCUCUAGUUUUUUUUUUGUGGGGUUUGAAAGCGGUGAAAUCAGUAGUUUUAGGGUUUCAAAGUUUGUAGUAGCCUUUGGAGGAGUUUUUGUUUUUGUGGCUUCAAUGUCUGAUGUCUACUCUGCUUCCUUCUGCAGUUACAUAUAUUGAUUUUAGAACACUUCCUCUUUUAUGCAUUUUAUUUCCAUUCCAUUCCCAUAAAAAAAAUGGAAAAAGAAAUUGCCAAA